GUGACAGAUAGAAGUGGUAAGACUUGUUCAGUAGGUGGUGCUAUACCUAUUAUAAAUAAAUAAUUUGCUGCUGAUAUGAGCAGUCCAUAAUUCCACCGUAUUGUUUAUUCGUUUAUUGGAAAGCUCUAGACUUCCACCAGAGAUUUUUGAAGUAUUGAGCAACUACAGGAAGUGUUUACAUUUGAUUCAUUGUGUUUGAAGCACCUCUACGAGAGACAAUGUCGGAGAAAAGUGUGCAAAGUGAAAGCAAACUUGACGAGUACAAGAUGAACCACAAGAGGCGUGGCUUGGCACUAAUCUUCAAUCAAAAAUUUGAAAAAUCUGAACGUUUAUCAGAGCGGAGAGGUACAGAUAUAGACAGAGACAACCUCACACAAAGAUUUCAAGAAUUAGGGUUUGAAGUACAAUCUUACAAUGACAAAAAAGUGGCAGUGAUGCAAGAGAAACUACGUGAAGCUGCUGCAGCCAACCACAAAGAUGCGGAUUGCUUUGUUUGCAUAUUCCUAUCUCAUGGGAAAGAAGGGAAAAUUGAAGCAUUUGAUAAUCAGAUUGGAAUUAAGGAAAUAACAGAUUUAUUCAGAGGGGAUGAGUGUAAGAGCCUUGUUGGGAAGCCCAAGAUCUUCAUCUUCCAGGCAUGCGCUGGUGAGAAACAUGAAAAUGCUGUGACCGGCAUGAUGGCAGGGGAUAGUGAUGAUGACGAAAUGGUGGAGGAAGCAGCUAACAUCUACACUAUCCCUGCAGGGUCAGAUUUCAUCAUGUGCUACUCUGUGGCACCGGGAUUCUUUUCAUAUCGUGAUCCAAACUCUGGAACGUUCUAUAUUCAGGAUUUAUGUGAAACGCUGAAGCAGCAUGGCCCAACUAUGGAGUUCACUGAGAUCUUAACACUGGUCAACAUGAAGGUUUCCAGGCGUAAUGCAGACGGGAAAGAUUUUAAAAAUAAAAAACAGAUGCCCUGCUUCACCUCCAUGCUGACUAAAAAACUCUACUUUAGGUCCAAGAAACAGUAAAAUGCCAACUUUUAGUGUAUUACUGUUCACCAAUAUUCAUUUGAUGAUCAAUAAACAUAAUCGGUCUUA